UCUGCGCAUCUGCGGGCGGGCAGGCUUCUAGUUCUGCCGGAUGUGAGCUGCUGGUGGCUAUGGGUACUCGUCGAGCUUUGCACUUCGUCUUCAAAGUGGGAAACCGCUUCCAGACCGCGCGUUUCUUUCGCGAUGUCCUGGGGAUGAAGUCCAGAUCGAAGUGUGAAGUCAGAAUCCAUUGUCUCCAACACCCGGAAGCGGCCCCUCCAGCCAUGAUCAGCUGCGAUUCUGCAGGGAUCACCUGGGUGGCAAAUGCAGGCUCUGAAUACCCUUGGAGAACAGAAGAAAGUUGUUUGAGGCCUUAUGAUGGGAAGUGGAGUAAGACAAUGGUGGGAUUUGGACCUGAGGAUGAUCAUUUUGUCGCAGAACUGACCUACAAUUAUGGCGUUGGACACUACAAGCUUGGCAAUGACUUCAUGGGUAUCACACUCGCUUCUAGCCAGGCUGUCAGCAAUGCCAGGAAGCUGGAGUGGCCACUCAAUGAAGUUACAGAAGGUGUUUUUGAAAUCAAGGCCCCAGGAGGAUAUAAGUUCUAUUUGCAGAAUCACAACCCACCUCAGUCAGAUCCUAUAUUAAAAGUAACUCUAGCAGUGUCUGAUCUUAAGAAGUCCUUGAACUACUGGUCUAAUCUACUGGGAAUGAAAAUUUAUGAAAAAAAUGAGGAGACGCAAAGGGCUUUGCUGGGCUAUGCUGAUAACCAGUGUAAGCUGGAGCUGCAGGGUAUCAAGGGUAGAGUUGAUCAUGCAGCAGCUUUUGGAAGAAUUGCCUUUUCUUGCCCCGAGAAAGAGUUACCGGACUUAGAAGACUUGAUGAAAAGAGAGAACCAGAAGAUUCUGACUCCCCUGGUGAGUCUGGAUACGCCAGGGAAGGCAACGGUACAAGUGGUCAUUCUGGCUGACCCUGAUGGACAUGAAAUUUGCUUUGUGGGGGAUGAAGCAUUUCGAAAACUUUCUAAGAUGGAUCCAGAGGGAGGCAAAUUGUUGGAUGACGAAUCUCUACACCCAGCAUAGGGCUCAAACUCAAGACUCCAACAUUAAGAGUUGCACACUCUACUGACCAAGCCAGCCAGGCGCCUCAGCACCCAUAUGACUCUUAACUGGGUAUAGCAUUCAUGCCUUCGCGCUUGCUCACGCUGCCUGGGGAACCACUCCUGCCCCAUGCAUCAUGAUUUUGCUCAACGAGGGGAAAGGCCUGGAUACUCCCCGCCCUGCUUCUUUAGCUUUCUUGGUCCUCUCAUCUCCAGUGUAGAGUGGCAGUCCCUUCGUUUCUAGUGAAUCGUCCUGGUCAGCAUGCAGACGAGGUUUCAUGCCUUCCAUCUUUUAAAAGUCUUUUGCCCCAUAUCCCUUCUCCACAGUUCUUUUUUAAAAAGUCUGCCUACACUUUGUUUCUGCUUCUUACCUCCCCUUCACACCUGAAUCUGUUCUGCACUGGCUGCUGUCACUCGGGGGAACGCUCCUGUUGAAAUCACCAGUGACUUCAUCUUGCCAAGUCCAGCAACGACUUUUCUAUCCUCAUCAAACUCAGUCUUGAAUCAACAUCCAAAGCCAUCAUUGUACCCCAGCUUCUAGCACAUACCUGGUGUGUAGUAGGAACUUAGGAAUGCUCUGUUGAUGAUUCAGGGAAUGAAUCACUGGCUCUUCACUUACUAUCUGUGUGGCUGACUCUUAAUUUACUUAAAUUCUCUGAACUUCAGUUUUGGUGGUUUUGUUUUAUUUUGUUUUAAGUAAUCUCUGUGCUUGACAUGGAGCGU